AUUUUUUGUAUACCUGCAGCAGGCGGCUGUCAUCAUAGUUUAAAUAUUUUACAGGGUUAUCUACCCCAACUUGAUCGCAUAUCUGAGACAGAACCUGGGCGAUGCAUUAAUAUCAAGGAAUGAAUUUAGAUGCACUUUGUGCAAUUAGUAGGUUGCCGAUGCAUGAGAUGAGUAGGCUGAUCAUGUAGUAAUUUUUUUUUAACCCAUUUUGCUUUUGAAUUUCUCAGAGGUUUUAUAUUCAAAAUCCACGAUAUAUUUUCAUUUUCUGUGCAAGUACGAACAGGUGCAAUAUAUUAUGAUCUUCUAUUAUCACGUCAGGCACAAUUUUCUUUCUGCAUACAAUAUUACAGUUCAUCACGGUAGAGGAAUGUGUCCAGACCACCUUUCUUCUUGCAACCCCAUUUACAUUUCCUCGAGCACAGAGAAUCGAAGAUGGCAAGUCUAGUGGAAUGGAGGGAUAUGAUAUUUGAUGUUGAAGGAGAUUUUGAAAGCACAAUUGCAUAAUCAUCAUUCAUGUAUUCUGUCCCCUCAGGAAAUAGCUGCCAGAAAAGACUUCCAGCUCCACUACCUCCCUUCUUAGUUGAGUUCAGUAGUGUAUUGUAUACUGUGCUAAAAAACUUGUCCCUGAAUGAAGAAUUGUAUCCAGGAUCCUUUGAAGACACCCCAAACUCAGAAAACAGGACUGGCAUGUUGAGGUACUUCUCUGCAUCUUCUAUGUGAGCUUCCAUCCAUGAUUUGGUGAAUUGCAGAUGGGCAUCACUGAUUGUUUGAGAAAUCCUUCACAGAUGAAUCAAAUCAUCUCUUAGAAAUCAUCAUGUACUUAUUGUCAAAUGUAAUGUUGCGGGAAGCAUCAGAUUCAGUGAAAGCUUACCAGGAGUCAGGAUAAAUGUGAACAGAAGCAAAAUCAACACCAAGAGCCUGAUGGUUUCUUAUGAAGUCCGUUCCAACCUGUGUAGCAUAUGAAUUCGGAUUGAACUGAGCUCUCUCAGGUGCGGAGGGACCAUAAAAUCCUUCUAAUCCGAUCUCAACUAGAUGCUUUGCAUCUAUGCUCUUCACAUAGACUGCCAUUUCUUGUAUCCAUGACUGGAAGACAAUAACAUCACAGCGGCUUCAGGAUUGACAGCAAGCCUACCAGUUCUACAACAAACCCAACAUACAGAUAACCAGUUUGAAGA